AUCUUUUUUAGUCAAUUCAAAUAUAAUUUUCAAGGCGACAAGACAACAAGAAUUUAUUAAAAGUGAUAAGACGAAUUUUGUUUCAUAACACAAGUGUCAAAAGUGCAAAGACUGCAAAUCUACAAAAAAAUAAAGAAAUAUUUUCUAAACUUCUUUUGAUUAUUAAUAAGUGCUAAUAAUGUAUCUUGCUGUGAUUUUUUGUGGACUUUAUAUUGUCGGAUUCACAUCCGCACAAGUUGGAUAUGCAGGAGGUUUUGCUGGAACUGGAGUUGGAUUCAACCCAGGAUUUAUGCAACCAUUCCCAAAUAUCAUUCCACCUCUAAUGAUUCCUCAACUUCCUAUGCCAUAUUUUGGACCAAAUAUUGCAUCCGGUCAGGGUGUAGUUACUCGAUUUGGAGAUGGAGCUGGUGGUGAAACUAUUGUCAGUAGAUUUGGGGAUGGAGUUUCUGGAGGUGGUCAAACUGUUGUCAGUAGAUUUGGAGAUGGAGUUUCAGGAGGUGGUGUUUCAACUUCUUCAGUUAGCGGUUUUGGAAACGGAGCUGGCCAAACAUUAGUCAGUAGAUUUGGUGAUGGAGUUUCAGGAGGUGGAGUCUCGACUUCUUCAGUAAGCGGUUUUGGUAGUGGAACUGGUCAAACAGUUGUUAGCCGCUUUGGAGAUGGUCAGUCUACAACAUAUGUAUCGGGUCCACAAGGUACUCAUACAUACAGAACAUCACCACAAUAUCCAAAUACACAAGUCUAUCAAAAUCAACCCGGUCAAACAGUCGUAAAUUCGCGUUUCAAUGAUGAUGGUUCACAAACAGUAUCGCAAACAUCUACAUAUGUAUCGCCGGGUGGUGCGUCACAAUCUUCUUUUUCACAAACGUCUAAUAGCGGUUCAUUCACACCACAAUCUGUAAAUAGUCGCGGUGCUUAUGCAGACAAUAAUGUUCAACCAAUUGCAGACAAUAGAGGUUAUGCUCAAACUACUGGUGGUGCCGCACACACAAAUUAUCAACCACCUCAAUCAACAUCACGUUUCAGCGGUGGCUCCACACACGUUGCUAGCUCUGGACCAUCAAAUUAUGGUUCUACAUCCUCAUUCACAUCAUCAUCGAAUGUAGAUGGCCAAGGUCAUCAUGAAACUAUUUCAUCUGUUAAUAAUAAUGGAAAUGUACAAACUUAUAGACAGAGCAGUGGAAAAUAAACAUUGAAGCUUGUGUAU